GCAGCCCGGCGGGCAUGGUCCUGUCGGUGGUGGUGAUCCUCCUGCUGGCUCUUCUCUAUGAAGCCAUCAAGGUAGCCAAAGCGAAGGUGAUCCUGCGGAUGAUGCCGGCUUUGGUUCCCAGCGUUAGCCAGGAGACCUUAAGAGAGCCGGAGCAGGCCUCCAUCAACGCAGGCCUGGAGCAGCCGGCCGGCACCUCGAAGAACCCUUUCCUGUGGCACGUGGCUCAGACCCUGCUCCACAUAACCCACGUCGUCCUCGGCUACCUGGUGAUGCUCGCCGUGAUGUCUUACAACGCGUGGGUCUUCUUGGGUGCGAUCGUCGGCUCCACGGUCGGGUACUAUGUCGCCUACCCCUUCCUCAGCAUCCAAUAGAACUCCAGAGACGGCUUAGCGGAGGGAAUGCAAACUGGAUGUUACGUCAGGAUGGGAAGGGGGAAGACUCGGUGGGGCCUGGAAGUGGCCUGCGGUGCUUCUUUGGGGAACCUCCUUUCUCACCUCCGUAGGCAAAAGAAUGAGACUUUCCCAUGCAUUCUUUUUUAGAACAGAAACUUUGCUUCUACUGUUGUUUGCUUUUUAAACGCGAUUCCCAAAGUGCCCUUCAGAACAGGAUUUGUGAAGACAGGGUCUGGGCAGGACCUGUCGGUAAGGAAGGUUCCCCUUGCUACACCUUGGCUUUACCUCCUCUUGAGUUUCAGAAUCUCAGGUCCAGUGGAAUUGGGGCUCAAGGCAGGCAAUCUCCUGAACUUUUUGGAAUCACUGCCAUGUGCAAUUGGGUGGGGGAGAUCCCAGGAUCCCUGGUCUUAGAAUCAUAGAAUAGUGAAGUUGGAAGGGGUCUCUAAGGUUAUCACUUCCAACACACACACCCUUCUCGAUG